AUGAGUAUCAAAUUUGUGGAAGUCUACUGUGUGAUAAUAUUGGCCAAGAAAACUGUCCUACUGGAUGAUGUCGGAUUCAAAGUCCCCAAAUGGUCAUCUAUCGAUUCGCGUCCCCUUCCUCAUUGGUACGAUGAUGUGAAGUUUGGAAUUUUCUGCCAUUGGGGAGUAUACUCGGUGCCAGCGUUCAGGUCUGAAUGGUUUUGGUGGUACUGGAAGGGAGACGACCCAAACAAGGACGUCGUUAACUAUGUGAAUCGCAAUUAUAAGCCUGGUACCACCUACACGGAUUUUGCAAAAGAUUUCACUGCCGAGCUAUUCGAUCCGAAGGAGUUCGCAGACAUCGUGAAGUCAUCGGGAGCGAAGUACUUCGUCCUCACAAGCAAGCACCAUGAAGGUUUCACAAUGUGGCCUAGCAGAACCAGCUGGAACUGGAACGCAGUUGAUAUCGGUCCUAAACGGGAUAUUGUUGGAGAAAUCAAGGAUGCAUUCAAGGGAACUGACGUUCAUUUCGGUCUCUAUUUCUCACAAUUUGAAUGGUUUCAUCCAAUGUUUCUUGAUGAUAACAAGUACAACACAACAGCUUAUGUCGAUCAAAUCUCCUUCCCACAA